CGGAGCAAAAUUUAACCGUUCAAAAUCAUGGCGGAUGCGGCAUGGGAUGCGAAGUUACCCAAAGUACGCGAAGAUUACGACCGUGCACGGAAACUUAUCGACAACGAUAGUCUCCUGGACCCUCCAACGGAACCUUACAGGUCUAAAUACAAAGCACGCGAAAUUCUGAAAGAGCUUCUCGAGGUUAUUGGAAGUGACGAGAGCACCGAGUUAAGCAGACUAGUUUUGGUCCGCGCACUUCUGAAAUACGAUCUCGGUACUAUCGCAGCGGACACCGACGAACUGUCUUUGGGUCAGGAGUAUUUCGAAGACGGACUCAAAAUAAUAGGUGAGGAUCGUUACGAGGAUCCCAAGUGCUGCAUGCUCGCCAUCCACCUCUUGAACCAGCUCGGAAUCUUGUACUCCGGAAGGGAAGACAAAUCGAAAGCACGCGACCUCUUGAAACGGGCCGAAAAACUGUACUCGAACAUAAAAGCGCAGCAAGACGUCGUUGUGUACGACUUCACGGACUACUUCCUGCCUGAAGGAGAGCAGCCAUGCAGCAAAACUACGCACAAAAACUUCGAGAGGGCCUUUAUUCACACGCUGUACUACUUGGCGCAAGUUUACGGGGCCUUAGAAGAGGCGGAGAUGUCAGCGAUCUACUGCCACAGCACAUUGAAGAAGCAGCUGGCCACAGAUGAACUGGACAAUGUGGACUGGGCACUCAAUGCUGCGACGUUGUCGCAGUUCUUUAUCGUCCGGGGCGAUUUCAACGCCGGACGACACCACCUCGCGUGUGCCAGCCUUGUCAUGAAGCAAUAUAAAGAUAAGCUCGACAAGGAACAGCUCACUCCAGAGGAAAGGGAGGGGAAAGAGGAAACGGUGAAUCAUAGGAGUGCGGACAUUGCACGUUGCUGGGCAAAAUACGGCCUCCUGCUUCUGUGUGCGUCAAAAGAGGCACUCUUAAAAGUAAAGGCCGGGGAAGAAAAAGAAGGAAGACCAGAUCAAACGGAAGCGGAGAAGAAACCGCACGUCCUCAUAAAUUCGGAGGAGAUCUUGCCGUACGAGAAGUCCGUCACCGACAAACUGGUGACGGACUUCCAAAGUGCCCGGCCGAUAUUCUUGUCGGCGCAGAGGUGGUUGAAUGAAGCGAAGGAGUACUACACACUCAAGGACCAUGCGUCGGACUAUAUCGCAAUAAUCCAAGAGACGAGCAAGUUAUACAAUGCUCUGAUUGCAUUCGAAGACGCUCCAGACCGCCAGUGCAAGAUGCACAAGCGGCGGAUCGACAUCUUGGAAGAAGUGUUGAAAGAGGUCAGCCCCAGGUACUACAUCAACGAAUGCCGACAGAUCUUGUUCGAGCUUGGAGAAACGUACAGCGAGAUGGCGGACAUAAAAUUCUCGCAGUUGCCCGGAGCCGUGCAGCCUCAGUCGCAUCCAGUUAAAAAGAUCAAUUCACUCAUCGAUAAAGCAAUUAAAAACUUCCAGGGCUUCCUAGAAACACUGCACGACUCGGAGAAGAGGCUGCCGUCGAGGUUGCCGGAAGAAUAUGUGCGACCGGCGUUGCUAGCUCAUUUCUGCAUCGGACGGUUGAACACGAGGCGCGUUGCAAGUGACCCGAGAGAUCAAAUCGAGAACUACAAGACCACACAGACGUAUUACGACUACAUCGUCGACUACUGUAAAAGCCACCCCGAUCAUGCUUCACAGGUUGAAGCGGAACUUGAAGUUGUGAAGGAACUCCUAGAGUUAAUUCCAGGGAUGAUACAGAAUUGCGUUGGAACUCUCAUGUACUAAGUUUGCUGUUUGUUGCAACCGGCAGGCUUUUCAAAUGGUGUUGUCACAAGAUACUGCUGUAGGCGUAUAGUUAUUAUUAAUUUACCUCGUUAAGUUAUAGGUAAUUAAUUAAUGCAAUUGACACAUUUCCCUUCUAUUCAUCUCUGUUAUUGUGCUUAAGUUAUUUUUGCUCCUAUGGUAUUAGCAGCAGCCCCACAUUUGGUACAGUGGCAACACAACUAACAUACAACAUUCAACACUUGCGCUAGAAGUUCAACGUAAUUGCCUUGAAGGUCAGUUCAUUUGACCUUCAAAGUAUUUAAAUAAUUUACCUUCCAACUUCCUCAAAAUUCAUAUCAUUGCUUCAUUAUCUGAAAAGGUUAGUCGAAGCUAUAUAGAUUAAAUGCUUUCAGCCCUGGUGUUCUCUACCUUUUCUUUUUGUUUCAGCUGAAAAUGUGGGACAACAAGUUUCAUGGAUAUUAUGUGUGUGUAUAUGGCAGAAGUAAAAUUUGAGAAGUAAAGAGACGUAAAGUUUUUGCACAAAAUUAUGUAAAAAAAAAAAAAGGUGAAAUGAACAACUGGCCUAGUUGUGUUAGCUCCCCCUGUCUUCCCUUCAAAGCUGUGGCAAGUCAGCACUAGUGUUGAGUAAUAUUCAAGAAACAGUGCUAAUAUUUGUUUUGCUAUAAAAUUGUAAAAAAAUAUUGUUUUAUUAUAAAAAUACCCUAGCGCUGACGUAUUGUACUACUAGUCCACUAGUGCUACUAGUCUAGAUCACCUUGCUUUUCCCAUUUUUAUUUAUAGAACUUUUCUGACAUUGUUUGGUUAUGCGUUUGCUUAUUAUACUUUUUUUGCAAUAAGUUACACAGCUUUUUCUGUUUGUAUUUGCAGUGGGUGUUUGAGAUUUGUGCAGAGUGUUGAAAUUGGUCUUCUUGUCCUAUCAUUCCUAUAUCACUUUUGUAUGCCUUUCAACUACAUGAAGCUGACCAACUGUGUCAAUUUGCAGAACAAGCAUAAAUAAAAAUUUUUGCUGCAUCAAAAGCUA